AUGACUCGUUUCGAUAUCGAUUCGUCCAAGGUUGACUCCUACGUCUCUGUUGAAAGCAUCGACCAUGAGAAGGCCCAAGAACAAACUCAGGAGCAUGUAACUUCAAAGACACCCUGCGAGACCCACGGAUCUGGCACCCCGUUUAUUGAUCGUAACUUGCGAACUGCCCGGGGACAAGAGGCCAUACGCAUCCUAUCAACUGCAUUGACUGACUUGGUCGAUGAGAACAAGUGUACUAAAUGCACGGUGGAAAAUCUUGUGCCUUUGCUGGAGGGUCAUCUCAAGGACCUGAAACUUGCGAAACAGAAUGGAGAAUGGUCUAAAGAAGACAAAAAGACUCUCAAAGCUGAGUUUAAGUCUCUCUUCAAGCCUGCAAAGAAGAGUCUGAAGAACAUCCUGAAGGGAAACUAG